UGCAGUGACGCGUGAGGACGCCAUCGGCGUCCAUCGCCAUUUUACGAAUGUGCGAACGAGUAUUACAGCAAAGACGAUCGCAAAUUAUCAUGUCUUCUCGGCGUUAUACUGCUGCUAUGGUUGCUGAAAUGAUCGCCAAUGAUGACGAAACAGAUGAGGAGUAUCCCGGUGGAGAUUCAGGGUCUGAUAUCAACGUAAAUAGUGAGAAUGACCAAGAAAGUGAUGAUGCAUCAGACCAUGGUAAUGACAGUGAUUCAUCACAGCCACAGCGUGAGCUUGAUUCUUCUUCCGAUGAGAAUCCUCCAAUUGGUCGUGGUCGUGGCCAUGGUCAUGGAAGGGGUCGAGGACGUGGUCGUGGAAGGGGUCGAGGACGUGGCCGAGGAAGAGGAAAUGGACAAGGUGCUGCUAUAGCUGUCGGUGACCCUGACUGGACUGACACCAGUGCCACAGUCAGCUGA